AACAUCACAGAGUGAAUACCCUUUACAUGUCCUGAAUAGCCUAGCCGCGUUCUCGUGCUCAUAUUUCUUAUUGCGCUUAAGUUGGGCUUCUGGACCCAAUGGCCGAUUUGGACGACCUGGAGAUCUUCUCUAUCUCCCUUGGAGGCCUGCUUAUCGUCAUUUCCCUCAUACUGUGUUGCUCGGCAGCAUGCCUAGCAUGCUGUGGUGGCGCUUUCACCCCGCUCUGUUGUUGGUCUGGUUGGAUCCUUGCAUGCUGCUCCUGGAGGGACAGCUCUUACCGCACAAUUGGAGACAGGAAUUUUACUACGAUUACAGUGAUCCCGCCGCCACCUGUCGCCGUCGCCCCUUACAACAAUAUGAAUUCUAGAUCAUAUCCUGUCAUCGGAACGGUGGUGGAGGAGCGCUCUGGCCCCUCUCAAGCCUACCAUAGUCAGGCAGAGAUGGAGCUCUCCAAAGGGACCCUUUCCGGCACCGUGGAAGGCGUGGUGGUGGAAGGCAGCGCCCCGCCCGCCCCGCUCGCAUCCCUGCCCCAGUGUCUGCCUCCAUCGGAUGCUUCCCUUCCUCACCACGCCCCUUCCUCGCAUGGCCAUGCAGCCCAUGUCAUAAUGGCCGACCUGCAUGCCACUCCCCCCCCCCAGACGUCUGUCCCCCGGGACUGGGGGUUUUUGGUCCUUUUUCUCCUCCACGCCUGCUUCCUCAUCACCCUCGCUCUUCGUCUGGGCCUUCCCUCCCUCGGACUCUGGGAGCACGCCUUGGUCGACGACGCCAGUCGGACCGCGCCCCUCGCCCACUCUCCCGAGACCGUCGCCGUCGCUCGCAACCUCCUCUCCCUGGCGGCGGGCCUUGGUCUGGUCGCGAACGUCCUGUCCUUUGUGUGGUUGGGGUUCAUGCUCAAUCUGUCCACAGCCCUUAUCACCAGCACCGUUUUUCUCAGCAUCAUGAGCGCCGGCCUCCUCGCCCUCCUCUCCCUCCUCUCCGGCCACCUGAUCGGCUGCCUGCUCUUCGCCUCCCUGGCCGUCGCCGGCCUCUGUCUCCUCCGCGAGGACCCAUCUCGCGUCUUGGUCUCUUCUAGCAUCCUGGGGACCGCCUGUCGCGCCGUGGCCGAGUCUCGGAAUCUUUUCGGGGCCGCCUACCUCCUCGUGGCUCUGCACUUUCUCUGGGUCGUGAUAUGGGCCGUGGCCGCCACGGGCGUGUAUACAACCGUCGCUGCCGAGUCCCACGGGAAUCACUUGCAGUCCGGUCGCCAGUAUGGAGCCGGGCAGGAGGCGCUUCUAGGCUUCUUUCUGCUCUUCUCCCUGUACUGGGGCGCUGGCGUCUGUCAGAACACCUUGCGCUGCACCGUGGUCGGGGCCGUGGCGGCCUGGUGGUAUGUUCCCGGCCCGGCCCGGGAUUCCGUGAGCCUAGCUUUGGCUCGGGCGACGGGGCCCUCGCUGGGAAGCGUUUGUAAGGGCUCAUUGGCGGUCUCGUUGAUCGAGACGUGCAGGGUCGGCCUGCGCGGCCUGGGGGGCGUGGGCUUGGGCGGGAGCCAACGGGGGCCGGGUUGCUGUCCUUGCUGCCUGUGCCCGGGGUGCUGUUUCUGUGGCUGCCGCUGGGUGUGUGGGUGUGUGCUGGACUACCUGCUGGGUUGCGUGGAGGCGGCCUGGCGGGCCUUCAACCGGUUCGCCUUCGUCUUCGUAGGGGUCUGGGGCUACCCGUACGGCGAAGCUGCCCGUCUGGCGCUGCGUUUGUUCGAAGCGAGGGGAUGGGAAGUGAUCCUCAACGAUUAUCUGAUCGGCAAUGUCCUCUUCCUCGGCUGCAUGCUCAUGGGCGGCGUCACGGCCUUUUUAGGGGUCAUGACAACGCGGCUCCUGCCCGAGGCCUUCGAGGCCCUCCCCGCCUCCGCCACCUUCGUCGCCCUGGCGGGCUUUCUGAUCGGUCUGGGUAAUUGCCUGCUCCUUGUGAGCGUGGUGUCGUCGGCCGUGGACACGGUCUUCGUCUGCUUUGCGGCAAGUCCUCACGUCUUGCAAACAAAUCGCCCAGCGGAGUACGCGCAUUUGCGCCAUGUAUUUGACCAAUGGAGGGAGAGAGGUGUUGUAGUGGAUGUGGGCUGCUCACAGGAUGGGCGAGGGGAGAGGGUGCCGUUGAAUGUGGCUCAGGUGUCGAUAUGAGGUAACGAAGAGCGGGGAGGAAUGAGAGGAGAGUGGUGAUGAUGUUGGGAGAAGGAACAAGGGCACCAGAAGAAUGCCAUGUCUUCGACAGGGGGGCUAGAUUGAAGAAAGAUUAUACAGUGCAUUGUUUGAUAGGAAAGCCCAAGAGGAUGAAAGUAAUCAAGACUUCUGAGAACGGAA